CUAUCUGCUUUCUCUCCUGGUACUGAAAUUGGGACAUGUGCAUAUACGUCGUACUCCCAAAUGUUUUUGUGUUCCAACAAGUUUCGAGGAGUUAGCUGAAGCCAUGUGAAUAACAACUUAAAAAUACUUCUCAAUAAAUACAGAAGCUAUUAUUUGAAUAGCCUCACAGGAAAAGGUCACAACCAGGCAUGGGAAAAAUCUAUCCUCCCUCUGGCUAGAGCUCUCACUUGCUUGGUCUCUUUCUCCCUCUAUACCCAGUUUCAAACUAUUUACUGUUUGACUGGGCCUUGAUAACAUGUAACCUGUUCCCCCCAAGCAAAUCCGAAUCAGAUCCAACUUAUACAAGCAUCUAUUACAACUGAGCUCCAACGAGUACUGGACAUCUGUAGUACUUGACAUUCAAGCAGUUGGCAAGAUGUCAACAUUUCAGAGAGCACUUUAAAUGUUUUUGUUUGAAAGCUAAUGCAGUGUUUCCCACUGGUCAACACGAGCAGCUCAGGCAGAAAGCAAAAUUUAUUUCCCUCAACAUCAGAUGCUAUCCUCAGCUGAUAUCUGAUGUUGCUGCUCCUCUCUUGUCUGGAGAGACCCUAAGAGAUGAAAAAAUUGGAACCUUAGGGAAGACACACUUCGACCUCUUCAAGAUGACAAGCACUCACUGGGCAAAAUUUCUUCAUUGAAAGGAGACCUCAUAGAACACAGAAAAUUUUAAAAGAUCUUUGCCUUCAGAAGUUACAAGAUGAACAAUUCAACCACCGCAGAGCCUCCAGAUAAGUCCUGCUCCCAAAACACACUGAUCACCCAACAAAUCAUUCCUGUGCUAUACUUCGUGGUUUUCAUUGCAGGGAUUCUACUCAAUGGAGUGUCAGGAUGGAUAUUCUUUUAUGUGCCCAGCUCUAAGAGUUUCAUCAUCUAUCUCAAGAACAUUGUUGUUGCAGACUUUCUGAUGAGCCUGACUUUUCCUUUCAAGAUCCUUGCUGACUCGGGCCUAGGCCCCUGGCAGCUGAAUGUGUUCGUAUGCAGGGUCUCAGCUGUGCUCUUCUACGUCAACAUGUACGUCAGCAUCAUGUUCUUUGGGCUCAUCAGCUUUGACAGGUACUAUAAAAUCGUAAAGCCACUUUUGACUUCUUUCAUCCAGUCGGUGAAUUAUAGCAAACUCCUGUCAGUUACGGUAUGGAUGCUCAUGCUCCUUCUUGCUGUGCCGAACAUUAUUCUGACCAACCAGAGUGUUAAGGAGGUUACACAGAUAAAAUGUGUGGAACUGAAAAAUGAACUGGGGCGGAAGUGGCACAAAGCAUCAAACUACAUCUUCGUGAGCAUCUUCUGGAUUGUGUUUCUUUUGCUAAUCAUUUUCUAUACUGCUAUCACGAGGAAAAUCUUUAAGUCCCACCUUAAAUCCAGAAGGAAUUCCACUUCCGUCAAAAAGAAAUCAAGCCGCAACAUUUUCAGCAUCGUGUUUGUAUUUUUUGUCUGUUUUGUACCUUACCAUAUUGCCAGAAUCCCCUACACAAAGAGUCAAACAGAAUCUCAUUAUAGCUGCCAGUCAAAAGAAAUAUUGUUCUGUGUGAAAGAAUUCACUCUGCUAUUAUCUGCUGCAAAUGUAUGUCUGGACCCCAUUAUUUAUUUCUUUCUAUGCCAGCCAUUUAGGGAAAUCUUAUGUAAGAAAUUGCACAUUCCAUUAAAAGCUCAGAAUGACCUAGACAAUUCCAAAAGCAAAAGAGAGUAUACAAUGCAUGAAAGCACAGAUACUUUGUGAAUUCCUGUACCCUUUCAAAUUAUGUCCUUGUAUAACAUGUUGUCAUCUUCAAUUACAUAAGAGGAAUGAAUAAGAAACAUGCCCAUUAUAAACAUCAUCUCUAGCAUUGCUAUCCAAUUUAGUGCAUUAAUAAAAUUCAAAUGUAAGUUUCCAUGCUUUUCUGUAGCAUCAGAGGAAAAAGUACCCAUCAGUGGAUUUCUCUCUUAAUACUGUCCUUUUUUAUUUCCUGUUAAUAAAAAGAAAAAAAAUUACAUACAAUUAUUCAGUCCUAUUCCAUCCAAAUAGGUUUAAAUUUAUAAUCACUACUCUGGUCAGUUAAUGUAGAACUUUAAAUAGUAAAUAAGGAAAAUAGGAAGUAAUUAAAGAUAAUUGACAUGGGCAUCUUAUUUUUCUAAACAAAAGAAUCAAGGUUAGUAUGUGAUUUUUUUCCAACAAGGUCCCUAAAGACCAACUUAAAAUCAGGUAUAGUUUGUAGAAAAAAAAAGUCAAGUUUCUCUGAUUUUAAGAAGCAGGAUAAGCAGGCACCCAGAAAGUCACUUAAGAAAUCCUUUACUGAUUUAUCUCUUGGCACUACAGUGGAAAACAGAUAUAAAUUGUGUAGUUUCCAAUAAAAAUGUAAUGUUUUUCUGAGAGCAUCCUGAGGAUGAUAUUAGAUACAUGCUAAAUAUAUUUUAUAUAAAGACAUAUUAAGCCCUCUAAUGAGUCCAGGGUCCUGGUAUUAAAAUAUUAAGUGAACUCUACUGAGAGAAAGUAGAUAUUGGCACGUUACCAACAAAUUCCCCUAUUCAAUAACAUGGGAAAAAAUAAAAUGACUAGGAAAAAGACACACACCCUAGAACAUAUAUUAUUCUCUUGUUGGGGUGCAGGACACAACAGUUUUCCUAGAAAGCAAAUGGAUUUGAUUUUUAAAAAUCUAAAAUUUACAAUAACAACUAUAAAAUUACAUAUAAAAAUUCACAAAUCACAUUUUCUAGAAAUUAGAUGAAUUUAAUGUAUGAAGAUAUGGGAUAUGGUUGUUGGCUUAUGAGUUAUCAAAACUAAAUUCUCUGCUAUUAACUGGCUAGAAGAGACAUUCAAGCCCAUCUUUCAAAUGUUCCACCCAUGCAGUUUUCCAAGUAAUGUUUGUACCUAUUUCAUGCUUUACUGUGUAUGUACUAAUAAAGAAAUUAUUUUUAA